GUCAACAUGGCGGCGCACACAAACGCCAGUGUGUACAUGUAAUUCGUAACCGUAACCUUGUUACUGUCAUCUACUGCUUUGUGUAAAAACGGAUUAAUAUAAUGAACAUACUUUGGAAACGUAAUUAUAAAAAUGCCAAGGCUGUCUCACCUGAAGUUGUCAUAGAAUAUUAGCAUGACUCUCUUGACUUCUGCGUGCUUAUUCGUUAAUGGAGGAGUGAUGGUUUUGUACUUUGCUAGCUGUUAAUGACAGUUUCUGUCAUUUAUGAAAUCUUACAUUAAAAUAUGUGGAACUUAAACUUCUUAAAACUCACAGACCCAGGACGUUUGCUGUCUCAAAGACUUUGUAGCAUCUGUUUCACACGCCACAGAAGAGGCUUAUAUCUCUUGGGCAGAAGCAAAUCUUUUGUAACUCAAACACAGUCUGCGUCUAAACCGCCCUGGAGAAUACUGUUCUUUGGAAGUGAUGAUUUUGCACUGGAGUCACUGAAGCGGCUUCAUUUGUCACGAGAUGAUAAUAAAGCUGGAGUCAUCGAUACACUUGAGGUCGUGACGCUGUCCCGUGAUGCUCCGGUCAGGAAGUAUGCAGAGCAGCACAGACUUCCGCUUCACCACUGGCCAGAUGUGGACAUGAGUACAAACUUUGAUGUUGGUGUGGUGGUGUCAUUUGGCAGCUUAAUCAAGGAAAACUUCAUCAACAAAAUGCCAUAUGGUAUCCUGAAUGUGCACCCUAGUCUUUUGCCACGCUGGCGGGGAUCUGCUCCAAUAUUUCAUACGAUUCUGCAUGGUGACAGUGUCACAGGAGUGACUAUCAUGCAAAUAAGACCAAAGAGAUUUGAUGUGGGACCCAUUCUUCAGCAAGAGAUGUACGAGAUUCCGAAGAACUGCACUGCUGAAGAGCUCGGAGCCACUUUAGCGGUUAUGGGCUCCAGAAUGUUGAUGGACACUUUAACAAAUCUACCUGAAAGGAUAGCAAACAGGAAGGAGCAGCCUAAGGAGGGUGCAUCAUUUGCUCCUAAGAUAAGUUCCACAAUGGCCUGGAUAAUAUGGGAAGAGCACAGCUGUGACUACAUUGACCGACUGUUUCGAGCUAUUGGAUUUCGGAUUCCUUUAAGAACCAUGUGGAUGGGCAAUUCUAUCAAACUUCUGGACUAUGUUGGCAAACACAGUGUGUCAUUUACAGCUUUUCCAUUUUUAUCUACAGUGCCGGGGACUCUUCAUUAUCAGAAAGAGUCCAAUAUCCUUCUUGUUCGCUGCAAGGAUGGCUGGGUCGGAUUCAAAACGGUGAUGUUCAAGAAAAGGCUGUCAGCAACUGAUUUCUUUAACGGAUAUCUCCAUCAAAGCAUGUUGAAGAAAUCUCCCACCUCAAACACUUGUCGCUUCCAGAGUUAUAAAGAGACUCGAUUUCCUAGAGAACAGGACCAUAACAUCCUACUACAGAAAAACACUUCACUUUGAAGCCUACCUACAAUAAUGGCAUAAUUAGUCGCAUAUAAACAGCUCUGACAUGUAUUUGAAAACCUUUUUGUCUGUUUUAAGACAAUGAUUUGAUAAUCGACUGUAUGUUUGCCGAUAUCUAACGUUAGCAGUGACGUGGUGAUACAAUGUGAUUGUAAUAAAAUUAUUUUUGAGAUA